AUGUUGUCCGGAGAAGAGGUGUUCAAAAACCCACUCGAAGGACUCGAAGAUGAACCUCUGAACGGAAACGAACAAGUCCGCGGUGAACCGCCACCACCUGCGUCUUCUUCAUCUUCGUCGAAACCGGCACAGGUCGAGGUGUCCACUGAUGGUUUUGUCGAUGUAGAUACAAAUGCCCCAAGCAGCCCCGGAAACAUCGCCAACGAUAAUCGUUUCGUAGGUUUUGUUUAG